UGCUUUCUAGGAGCCCCAUGAGCCUUUAAUACAUUGGUUUUGCCCUGCACCUCUGACCCCUCCCUCCUUCAGGCAUGCACCUGGCCCUCACCACUGUGCUCCUGUGGGCAUGGGGGAGUCUCCAGGCCUUUGAAAUUGUGGAGAAGGAAAACAUUUUUCAGAAGACCCCCUGCCCCGCUUUCCUGAUGUUUGAAAAUGCAGCCUACCUGGCCGACAUGAGCUUUGAGCUUCCCUGCCACUGCAAACCUGAGGAGGUGCUGGCUGUAGUCUGGUUCUAUCAAAAGCACCUAGGUAGCAGCCACACCAAAGUGCUGACGGACUUCGAUGGGCGGGUGCUGACGGAGGCGGCCCAGGUGCAUGUGGGCAGUGACAUGCUGACCCGCUUCAGCAUCCGCAUGUUCAGCCUGUUGGUUUUCAGGGCCCAGCCUGAGGACUCAGGCCUGUACUUCUGUGGCACCCGCAAGGGGGACUACUUUUACGCCUACGAUGUGGACAUCCAGAGCAGCGAGGGAAUGGUGGCCACUUUCCAGGAUGAGGGCCAGGAGCCCUUCGCAGACGAGUACUAUGGGCACCUCCAUGUCUUCACCACCUUCUGGGAGUGGACCCCCUGUGACCGCUGCGGGGUGCGUGGGGAGCAGUGGCGCAUCGGCCUCUGCUACCUGCAGAGCCCAGACCUCUCCCCACGCUACCUCAAGGCGGUGCCCGACGUGGUGUCCUGUGGCUCAAGGGCUGUGCCGGGGAAGCUGCGGACCAAGGCCAGGGACCACAUGCCUGAGCUGCUGGUUCGGAGCUGCAUAGUCCCCUGUGAGAAGACGAAGACCAUCCGGGGGGGCAUCCUGGCCAUUGUUAACUAUGUGUCCAAGGUGGGCAGCCGGCCCUGGGUGCCCCAGGUGCCCAUUCAGUUCCACCAGCAGAGACUGGGCCAUGGGCUCAUCAUCUCCUGUCCCGGGGCCCGGCCAGAGCAUGCGGUGGCCUGGGACAAAGACCGCCAGCACCUCUACCGCACACAGUACCUGAAGGGCGUCAACAGGUCCAUGAGGGUGUUUAUUGACCACGGCAACCAGCUCCACAUCCGCUUCGCCCAGCUGGGUGACCGGGGCAUCUACUAUUGCUGGAGGCAGGGUGUGCGGGUUGCUGGCUUCCGGCUGGGCGUGACAUCUCGUGGGCGCUACCCAGCCUCGUUCUCGGAUCCUGAGACUCGCUCGGCCGUGGAGCUCACCCUGAUAGGCUACUUGCUCAUCACGGCAGUUUUUGUCACCGUUCACCUCUGUCAUUGCUGCUGUUACUUAUUUAGCUGUUGUCCCAACUUCUCCCCCUAGGAUUUCUCUUUCCCCAGUUCUGAAGACCUGUUGUCCUUCAAUGUGUUUGUUAAAUGAUACCAGAUGUCUCUGGUGGGUACCCUGGGCUGGGACUUGUGGUAGGGACAUGUGGACAAAUCUGUUAGUUACAGCCUGCUCCCCAUUUUCAUGGGCAAGUCUGGGGCCUGAGCUGAGAAGUGGAGGGGCCCUAAGGCUGGUGGGAGAAUGGGGACUGAGGUCAGGAUGGAACUAGCCAGGGCGUGCGUGUUUUCUGACUUCACACUUAGGUCAGAGAAGAAGGAGUGAACUCAUAUUUGUCCAGUGGUAAACACUGAUCAGCGCUGAAUC